GUACGCGGGGCGGCGGCGGCGACCGGAGUCGCCAUGGGGCCGCGCGGGGCGGCGCGGCUGGCGGCGGGGCUGACGCUGGCGCUGGGGGCGGCGGUGGCGCUGGGGCUGCGACACCGGCACCGGGACCCCCGCGGCGGCGGGAUGGCGGCGGCGGUGGCGGCGGGGGGCGAGGCCUGCGGCGGCCUGCGCGGCGUCCCGGCCGCCCUCGGUAACAACACGCACCAGUGCGUCUUCGAUGACCUCAGCGGCUCCGUGUCUCUGUCCUGGGUGGGCGACAGCACGGGGGUCAUCCUGGUCCUGACGACGUUCCAGGUGCCGCUGGUGAUCAUGAGCUUUGGCCAGUCCAAGCUCUACCGCAGCGAGGACUACGGCAAAACCUUCAAGGACAUCACCGGCCUCAUCAACAACACCUUCAUCCGCACCGAGUUCGGCAUGGCCAUCGGCCCGGAAAACUCGGGAAAGGUUAUCCUGACGGGCGACGUCUCCGGCGGCAGCCGCGGCGGCAGGAUCUUCCGCUCCUCCGAUUUUGCCAAGAAUUUUAUCCAGACGGAUUUACCCUUCCACCCCCUGGUGCAGAUCUCCUACCACCCCCAAAAAUCCCACUGCCUGCUGGCCCUCAGCACCGAGAACGGGCUCUGGGUCUCCAAGGAUUUCGGGGAGACGUGGGAGGAGAUCCACAAAGCCGUCUGUCUGGCCAAGUGGGGUGCGAACGACACCAUCUUCUUCACCACCUACCUGAACAACUCCUGCACUGAUCUGGGGUUACUGGAGCUCAAGAAAACCUCCGACUUCGGCAAAGCCUUCAAGGUCAUCGGCACCAAGAUUUACUCCUUCGGCCUGGGAGGACGCUUCCUUUUUGCCUCCGUUAUGACAGAGAAGGGUACCACCCGGCGCAUCCACGUCUCCCUCGACCAAGGCGAGACCUGGAACAUGGCGCAGCUCCCGUCCGUCGGCCACGAGCAGUUUUACUCCAUCCUGGCGGCAAACGACGACCUGGUGUUCAUGCACGUGGACGAGCCGGGAGACACGGGUUUUGGCACCAUUUACACCUCCGACGACCGCGGCAUCGUCUACUCCAAGUCCUUGGAGCGGCACCUCUACACCACCACCGGCGGGGAGACCGACUUCACCAACGUCACCUCCCUGCGCGGCAUCUACAUCACCAGCGUCCUCUCCGAAGACAAUUCCAUCCAGUCCGUGAUCACUUUUGACCGCGGCGGGGAGUGGGUGCCGCUGCGGAAACCCAAAAACACCACCUGCGACUCCACGGCCAGGAGCAAGGAAGAGUGCAGCCUCCACAUCCACGCCUCCUACAGCAUCUCCCAGAAGCUGAACGUCCCCAUGGCUCCCCUCUCCGAGCCCAACGCCGUCGGCAUCGUCAUCGCCCACGGGAGCGUCGGGGGGGCCAUCUCGGUGAUGAGCCCCGACGUCUACAUCUCGGACGACGGGGGUUACACCUGGGCCCGGAUGCUGGAGGGGCCGCACCAUUACGCCAUCCUGGACUCGGGGGGGCUCAUCGUGGCCAUCGAGCACACCAGCCAGCCCGUCAACGUCAUCGAGUUCUCGACGGACGAAGGGCAGUGCUGGUACAAGUACGUCUUCUCCAAGGAGCCCAUCUUCUUCACCGGGUUGGCCUCGGAGCCGGGGGCUCGUUCCAUGAACGUCAGCAUCUGGGGCUUCCGCGGCAACUUCCUCUCCCGAAAAUGGGUCUCCUACACCAUCGACUUCAGCGAGCUGCUCAGCAGGACCUGCGAGGACAAGGACUACACCAUCUGGCUGGCGCACUCCAGCGAUCCCAGCGACCCCAGCGACGGCUGCAUACUGGGCUACAAGGAACAAUACCGCCGGCUCCGCAAAUCCUCCGUCUGCCAGAACGGCCGGGACUACGCCGUGACCAAGCAGCCGUCCGUCUGUCCCUGCACCCUGGAGGAUUUCCUCUGCGAUUUUGGGUACUACCGACCGGAGAACCAAUCCGUCUGCGUGGAGCAGCCGGAGCUGAAGGGACACGACUUGGAAUUCUGCCUCUACGGCCGGCGGGAGCUGCUCAAAACCAGCGGGUACCGGAAAAUCCCCGGGGAUAAGUGUUCGGGAGGGGAGAGCCCGAGCCGGGAGGAGAAGGACAUGAAGAAGAAAUGCACCAGCAACUUCCUCAACCCCAGCCAGCUGGCGGCGUCCACCAGCUCCACCCCCAUCAUCCUGGCCGUGGUGGCCGUGCUGCUCGUCACCGCCGUGGCCGGAGUCCUCCUCGUCAAGAAAUACGUCUGCGGGGGCAGGUUCCUGGUCCAUCGCUACUCCGUCCUCCGGCAGCACGCGGAGGCCAACGGCGUGGAAGGGAUAGACGCGCUGGACCCCGGCACCCCGGCCAGCAAAGGGGGCUACCACGAUGACUCCGACGAGGACCUCCUGGAGUGACGGCGCUGACGCUGGGGACGCUGCCACCUACCCUGCACCGCGCUGGCAGGGACCCCCCCGUGUAGAACAGAGACACCCCCCCCCCGCGCAGGAGAGACCCCCCUUGUGCAGGACGGUCGUCCCCCCCGGCGCUGUCAGAGACCCCCCGACGCAGGCAGGGACCCCCCCGCACCCCCUGCCUGGGAGGGGGGGGUGGGCAGCUUCGUUGCUUGGCGGGGGGGCCACAACCCACGCAGGGGUUUAACCCUUGGUGGGGGGGGCGGGGGGGGGGGGGGAGCUUUUAUGGUCUUUUAUUUUUCCCUUUUCUGGGCUGUUUUAUUUUAAGGCCGACCGAGUAGCAGCUUGGAGGAGCAGCCUCCGACCCCCCCACCCCCUUGUCCCCAGGGUGCUGGGGACGAGCCCUGAGGUGUCACCGCUGCCGGGAGGAGGGGGGGGUGUCUCUGUUGGAGGGGGGGGGGGUCGGGGGGGGGGGGGGGGCAGCAGCCACCUUUGCCCGCGGCUCCCGGCCCCGCUCCUCUUUCUUCUCCAAAGCAAUACAAAGCCGGGCGGCCGGCGAUGCUGCUGGGGCCCCCCCCCCGCCCCUAAAACCCCCCCAACUUGCAGGGGGGAGGGGGGGUGUCCCCAUGGCCGGGGGGGUAGCGGCCCAGCUCUUCCCCCCCCUCCCCAUUUUACCCCCCCCCCCCCACCCCGGGCUGGUCUUGGCCGAGGGAAACGCAGCAAUAAUGAAUUAAAGCUUGAAGCUCUUUACCCCGGGGGCUGGGGCGGG